CGCCCCCCGCGCUCCUCUCUCUCCGCCCUGUCGCUGCCUGGGUGGGGAGGCACCGAGCGGGUGAGCCAGCCCCGGGGUCAGCUGUGGCCAAGAAACCGGGUGACUUGUUUUUGAUGUAGGGCUGUGGCAGGCGAGUCGGAUGCUUCGAAGACGGGUGUUAUGUCUCUGCUGAAGUGGAGCCCUUUUCCAUCAUCCCUUCUUCUGGCCCUCAAUGCGAAGCUCUAGAACCCUCAAGGAAGCGUGAAGUUUCACCCUUUCGGGAGCUCACGGUCCUGCUUUGUACCCGAGAGUUUUCAAACUCGGCAGAUGUACUCCUUGGCAGUAGAUCAGACCUCCUGUGUGAGAGGAGAGGGAAGGGGCCGAGUCCCCUCUUUCAGCUGGUGACAAUGUCAGCCUCUUCCAUGUAAGCAGCGUGGCUGCUUUCAGAGUCCCCUUUUGGGACCAUCUAGCCUCUGGAAGGUUUUGUUCUGAUCCUCUCCAGGACAACAAAAGGGAUUAUUUGGAGAAGUUCAGCGGUUUGACCAGAGCACAGCGCAGCACAAGGCCUUGUGUUGUAUGCCUGUUCUGCCCUGAACCAUUUGAAGCUUCAUGCAUACACACAAAAUGGGUUAAAACCCAAUAUCUUUUUCAUUUUUCCUUCUUUCCACCCCUUCCUCUGUGUUGAAGAGAACAGAGUAGUCAAACAAAGGGCUACAUUGGAAAACAGGACGGUAACGUACUUAAAGAGACAGAUCACGGUAAUUCCCAUCGCUCCCCACAGAUAUGAGGCUUCUUUGACUCAUGAUAAGAACAACUUGUGCCACAGGACUGAAUCUGGCAGGGUGAAAGGGGGGACGGGGGGAAAAGGCAUUUGAGCUGAGGAUCAGAUUUUGGGCAAUAGGGACAAAGACAGAUGUGUCUCUGCCUUCUACACUAAUCUUUUAACGGCUAUUAGCUGAUGAGUGGGUUAGGCAGCAUCGUGUAUUGUUGAGGCUGUAAUUCCAGAAGCAUCCGAAGCCUAGUCUGCAAUUACCUUUCUGAAUGGGGACUGCAUUAGGUCCAUGGGUCUAGCUCCACGGAGGAGAAAGGAUGAGAGAGAGAAUAGCGAUUCUGAAUCACUGGGGAGCCUUUGCUAAGCAGAGUGAUUUUUAGCUGGCACGGUCGCUUAACAGACCUAACUGUUCUAAAUUUGCGUGUGCAGGACUUGAGAGAGCAAGAAAUGUUUGAGAGUUACUAUGCACUUUAAAUCCUAAUCUUAACAGUGUUUUUGGUUUCUGGAUGUUGACCUUUUGGGAAACACCCAGAAAGCAAAAACAUUCACCAGAGGUUAUGCUGCAACGUGGAGAGAAGUUGUCUCUAACCUUGUGGGGAAGUGUGGUGCUGAUGGGCUAAAAUAGUGGCCCUGCAGGGAUGUUACUGUAUUUCUCCAUCAUGCUGCUGUAGGAGCAGCUUUGUCUUCUCACUCAAAGGCUGACAGUGAGCCUGUCUCCUUCGCUUGCUUUAGUCUUUCUGUUCUUGUGGCCCGUGCCUGCAAGGGAACCCAACUGUGGGUCUGUUGUCUUUGCUCGAGCUGGAGACAUGGAUUGCUGCAUGGUGUUUGAGCGCAUUUAUUUUUAGCACCUGAACUAUGCAGUGUGGCCAGUUUUGACUUGGUCUGUUUUUCAGUGGUGAACAACUAUUUUUAGAGAUUCAUCAAUGUGUGUGUUAAUCACAGUGCCAAAGAGUGGAUUUUUUUUCCCCUUUAAGCUCUGAUAAAAGGUAAAAAGUCUUUCCUCUGAUCAUCUAGUUGUAGCCAUGUCCCUUACAGCAAGAAGGGGGAAUAAUCUUAGGCCUUCUGAGACGUCUGGCUUUGCUCUGCCUACCGUUUGGUUUUGUUCAGGUAUAUUGCUUGGUCUCGGCCUUCAAAUCCCAUUUACCUUCUUAUAAACAUCAAACGCUUACAUCACCGCUGUGUUUCUGUCAUCUGGAAACAGCUUGGCCCUGUUGUCAGCUCUGCCCCCGUCAGUGUUGGUAUGCAGCUGGGGAAGCAAACACACAGGGAGUUGUUUUGGACAGGCAGACUAGAAGGACGGGCGGGCGUUGUGAGCUCAACUUCCACGCUGUGUGUGGGGCGUUCCGGCUCCCCUCCAUGUCAGGUGUGCAGAGAUGCUAAUUGCAAGAUGAGGCAGAGGGGGAACUGCUAACAAAGGUGGAAUUUGUUUCUAAAGGCCUUAGGUGAGAAUAACAUCCGGGGAGUAGCCUGAAGUGCUUGUUUGUUUUCUAAGCAGCAGAGAGGUGCUGAGCUUUGCUUGCUGUUUCUGUUAGGGGCAGAAGACUGUACUGAAACCUGGAAACUCCCCUGCCCCCUUUUGUCUGUGGGAACUCAUUCCAGGGGUUAUCGAGCUUUGCCUUUGAGAGAAGCCUGCUCAUCUUGAUGGCUUCAUCCCUUCUUGGCAUUGUUUUCUUCCUACUCUGCAGGAAGCACAUCACGCUUACUAGCAUACUGAAAAUAGAUGUGAAUGUUGUUUUAGCAGUCUCUGGACUGGACUGUCCAAGGCAGGGAAGCACAGCCUGGAGAUUCCUGAGCAGAAACAAGCCUGGCAGUUUUCACACAGCACUGCUCCUGAGCUGACAGAGCUUGAAGGGCUGGACGGUGCUAGGAUAAUGCUGUGUCUGGGGCCCGAGGUGGGACUGUCCCACCACACUGUGCAGGGGAGAUGCACCUUUUCAAGGCAGUGUUGCUCGGAGCUCCUGAGGCUGUCGUCAGAUGCAUGACGCCUCCUAGAAUAGGAGCGCUGGUGUUAGUACGGAUGGGCCCUGGUGGAGGAGAGGUUGUGGGGCAGCAUGGUGGUGAGAGGGUAGGUCACAAAACACGGCCACAGUAUGCAGGCAUGUCCUCUGCUCAGGAUUAAUAUGUCUGUGAGUGACCUAGAUCAUCCCAGCCUAUACUCUGUGCUCCUUCCAGAGCUGUAGUGCUCAGGGUCUGGAAACCACCCGUUUCCAACCACCCAUUCUCCUUUCUCACUGCAGUGGCAGGGAGCCACUGCGGAGCUAGCAGGUAACCCACGGGGGGAGUGGUGCUCUGUUUGCUGGUGCCUUUGCUCUCACCCUGUGGCCUACUUCCUCUUCCUCGACAGGCAGUAAAGAUGUCUCGAUGAUUGUAAAUGCAUGGGUGCUUGGGGGUUAGCCCUGGCCUUGGGAAGUGGGAGUGGCACAGGAGAAAGAGCUCACCUCCUGAAGGACUGCCAGCAGGCACAAGGCUCUGUCUCCACUGGAAUACAGCUGGCCUUGGCAGAGGUUUCUUUGCCCUGGCGUACCAGGAGAUCUGUGGGCCUCCUUCCCUUCUCACCAGCUGACAUGAACUUCUCUUUCUUGUUUCCUUGCAGGCUCGUCUCAGGUUUCCCAUUGACUACCCCUAUUCUCCUCCUGCCUUUAGGUUCUUAACCAAAAUGUGGCACCCCAACAUCUAUGAGACCGGUGAUGUCUGCAUCUCAAUCCUCCACCCGCCAGUGGACGAUCCACAGAGUGGGGAGCUGCCGUCUGAGCGAUGGAACCCCACUCAGAACGUGCGGACCAUUCUUCUGAGCGUGAUCUCACUGCUGAAUGAACCCAACACGUUUUCUCCAGCCAACGUGGAUGCUUCAGUGAUGUACCGCAAGUGGAAGGAGAGUAAAGGGAAGGAUCGGGAGUACACGGACAUCAUCAGGAAGCAAGUCUUGGGAACAAAGGUGGACGCUGAGCGGGAUGGCGUGAAGGUCCCCACCACUCUGGCAGAGUACUGUGUGAAGACCAAGACUCCAGCCCCGGAUGAAGGCUCAGACCUCUUCUAUGAUGACUAUUAUGAAGAUGAUGAGAUGGAGGAGGAAGCAGACAGUUGCUAUGGUGAUGAGGAUGACUCUGGAAAUGAGGAAUCUUGAUGGCCUUCUGGCAGUUGCAAAACUUAUUAUAAACUACUGAAUUUUACCUCAACUAGGACAAACUGGUUUGAAUUUAGGAUCUGUCAGCCCUGAAAUUAACUCUCUACCUCGCAGGGAGACUGUUCUGCUGUUGUAAAGGAAAAUCCACCACUGUCUUUGUUUAAAAAAAAAGAAAGAAAGAAAAAAAGAAAAAAA